AACUCUGAGGUGAUACAAUAAUUUAAUUUAAGAUUUUUAAUGUGUAAUAUAGAGGACAGGAAAGUCAUUGCCAUAGAGAGCAACAGACUGGGAUCAAGGCUACUUGUGUCAACAUAAGAAAACUUGUUUCAAUUUCUUCGGGCCAUGGAGUCGGAGCUGGUCCGGCGCCUCGCCCCACGCCUCGGCCUGGCGGAGCCGGGUGUCCUGAGGAAAGCAGAGGAGUACCUACGGCUGUCUAAGGUGAGGUGUACCGGUCUGUCUGCACACAGCUCAGAAACCAGCAGUGCUGUCAUAUGCCUGGACCUUGCAGCUUCCUGCAUGAAGUGCCCCCUGGAUAGAGCUUAUUUAAUUAAGCUCUCUGGCUUGAACAAGAAGAUGUAUCAGAGCUGUCUUAAAUCUUUUGAGUGUUUACUGGGAUUAAAUUCAAAUAUUGGAAUAAGAGACCUAGCUGUACAGUUCAGCUGUACAGAAGCAGUGACCAUGGCUUCAAAGAUACUGCAAAGCUACGAGUCUAGUCUUACCGAAGCACAGCGAGCAGACCUGGACUUGUCCAGGCCGCUUUUCACCACUGCUGCACUGCUUUCAGCAUGCAAAAUUCUGAAGGUAAAAGUGGAUAAAACCAAAAUGAUAACUACAUCUGGUGUGAAAAAAGCAAUAUUUGAUCGGCUAUGUAAGCAGUUAGAGAAGAUUGGGCAGCAGAUUAACAGAGACUCUGGAGAUUUAGCUAGUCCAGCACUGAAGAAAAAGAAGUCUGUGGUUGAAACACCAGCAAAAGAAAUAGAAGAAGUAAUAGAAACCCCACAUAAAGCACUGAAAGAUGAAGGUCUGACACAGGAUUAUGAAGAAUGGAAAAGGAAGAUUUUGGAAAAUGCUGCCAAAGCUCAAACAGCUGCCGCAGAGCCUGGAAGAUGAAGGGCCUGAGGAUUCAUCCAAACUUGUAUACCAGGUGUGCUGAGGAUUGUCUCAAUAUGAAAGACACUAGCACUAGGCACCUCAUGUGG